CACUGUCUCCGGGUGUGCGGUGUAUUCCUUAACGCUCGGUGCUGAAGUCUGCGGGAUCGAGAAAGGCUUCUCGUCUCGUAUAUCCGGGAGCCGGGGAUCUGGAUUACUGUCUCCGGGCUGAAGAUAUCACUUUCCUAUUGUUAGACCUGCAGUGAGAGAUUUAUUGGAAGAAAAACCCCAACUGGAGGAAAACCACGACUGAUGACGAGGGAGCAGCAACAAGUGAACCAACCCGAGGACUGGGAGCAUCAAUCAGAGAGAACCCAACUGACUCGGAGAUUCCAGUGAUUCAGUCAGGAGAAAUUUUGGCUAAAAACAAGGAAUUUAUCUACGGGAAUUUCGAACACAACAUGCCAAUUUUGCUGUCUCUGUCCAGAUAUUUAAGAAGUGGAGCAAGGGAUUCACUCGAUCAUCCUUCCUGCUCAGGCUGUGGGGAGGGAUUCACUUGGUCAUCUGACCGACUGGCAAAGCGGAAAUUUUACACGGGGAGAGGCCGUUCAUUUGCUCAGACUGUGAGAAUGGAUUCAGUGGGUCUUCUCAACUGAAUGUACAUCAGCAAGUUCACACUGGACAAGGCCAUUCACCUGUUCUGUGAGUGAGAAGGGAUUCAGUCGUCUUCCCACCUGUGGACACACCAAUCAGUUCACACUGGGCAGAGGGUGGGGAAGGAUUCACUCGGUCAUCUGACUUCAUGGAUCACCAGCGAGUUCACACUGAGGAGCGGCCUUUCACCUGCUCGGACUGUGGGAAAGGAUUCACCUACUCAUCCCAACUGAAGAUACAUCAGCGAAUUCACACUGGAGAGAGGCCAUUCACCUGCUCAGACUGUGGGAAGGGAUUCACACAAUUAGCUGGCCUACAAGCACACCAGUCUGUUCACACUGGGGAGAGGCCAUUCACCUGCUCAGACUGUGGGAAGGGAUUCACUUCGUCAUCUCAACUGAAGGUACAUCAGCGAGUUCACACUGGGGAGAGGCCGUUCAACUGCUCAGACUGUGGAAAGGGAUUCACACAGUUAGCUAACCUACAAGCACACCAGUCAGUUCACACUGGGGAGAGACCGUUCUCUUGCUUAGACUGUGGGAAGGGAUUCAAUUCAUCAUCUAAACUGAAAGUACAUCAGCAAGUUCACACUGGGGAGAGGCCAUUCACCUGCUCAGACUGUGGGAAGGGAUUCACACAGUUAGCUAACCUACAAGCACACCAGUCAAUUCACACUGGAGAGUGGCCGUUCAAAUGCUUAGAAUGUGGGAAGGGGUUCAUUCGGUCAUCUCAACUGAAGGUACAUCAGUCAGUUCACUCUGGAGAGAGGCCAUUCACCUGCUCAAACUGUGGGAAGGGAUUCACUUUGUCAUCUCAACUGAAGGUACAUCAGCGAGUUCACACUGGGGAGAGGCCGUUCACCUGCUCAGACUGUGGGAAGGGAUUCACACAGUUAUCUGGCCUGCAAGCACACCAGUCAGUUCACACUGGCGAGAGGCCGUUCAACUGCUCAGACUGUGGUAAGGGAUUCACACGGUUAUCUAGCCUGCAAGCACACCAUUCAGUUCACACUGGCGAGAGGCCAUUCACCUGCUCAGUCUGUGGGAAGGGAUUCACUCUAUCAUCUUGCCUACUGACACACCAGUCAGUUCACACUGGAGAGUGGCCAUUCACCUGCUCACACUGUGGGAAGGGAUUCACUCGGUCAUCUCAACUGAAGGUACAUCAGCGAGUUCACACUGGGGAGAGGCCAUUCACCUGCUUGGACUGUGGAAAGGGAUUCACUUCGUCAUCUCAACUGAAAGUCCAUCAGCGAGUUCACACUGGGGAGAGGCCGUUCACUUGCUCAGACUGUGGGAAGGGAUUCACUCAGUUAGCUACUCUACAAGCACACCAUUUAGUUCACACUGGGGAGAGGCCAUUCAACUGCUCAGACUGUGGGAAGGGAUUCACUCGGUCAUCUCAAUUGAAGGUACAUCAGCGAGUACACACUGGGGAGAGGCCAUUCACCUGCUCAGACUGUGGGAAGGGAUUCACACAGUUAGCUGGCCUACAAGCACACCAGUCAGUUCACACUGAGGAGAGGCCGUUCACCUGCAUAUUCUGUGGGAAGGGAUUCACUCAAUCAUCUCAAUUGAAGGUACAUGAGCGAAUUCACACAGGUGAGAGGCCAUUCACCUGCUCAGACUGUGGGAAGGGAUUCACUCGGUCAUCUCGCCUACUGACACACCAGUCAGUUCACACUGGAGAGAGACCGUUAACCUCCUGUUAAUGUGGGAAUGUAUUCACUCAGUCAUCUAUCCUUAUGUAACUCUUACUCCGGCUAGUAGCUUAAUAUAGGGGGUGAUAGCCCCCUAGCUCGGCCAAAUGUGUGUGGAUGCUGCGCCGCGUCCCCUGUUACAAAUCAAUACCCCAAAAUAACAAACAGUACACAAGAUGUGAUUCAUAAUUCUUACUUUGACUAAAGGGUUAGUAAAGUAAAAAAAAAGGGCCCACUCUCCCCAUUUGUGGCUUCUCAUCUCUCCACAGCAAAAGCCCAUGAAAUUCUCUCAUUCAGACUCACAAGAAAGAACAUUUCUGUCAUUGGAUAGCCCAGCACUCCAAAACCCUGUUAUCUCUAGUUGUAUCCUAAACAUUGCUGCUGCAGAGAAACCACUACCUCAGCAGUGAAACAUUACAGAGAGGUCAUUACAUUAGCAGUGAAACCUUACAGUGUGUUACACUUACAACACACUACCGGAUUCACACAGGGGAGAAAGUUUCAAUAAGCUUCAUGCUGGAUAUUUGUCCAUCACCAUUGCUGAAUGCUAUUUUGAGAGUGAUUGUAAGUGUUGAACUCUGCAAUUAUUGCUGCUGCUCACCACACCCAGUUCUGCACCCUGGUCACUGGGCCUGGGAGGAGUUUCUUCUGCUGCAUAUUCACCUUUAAUGGGACUAGAUCUGUGACAAAUGAAUCAGUUCUAUCUUAAGCACUGUCUCUGUUACUUAGUGAAUUUAUAACACACCUAGUGUACAGUAGAGAGUCAACUCAGGCUGGCUGAACCCUGCCAGUGAUUCUGUUCCACAACAGAUCUUUCAAAUCCUCCCCUGUUGUUCACCUCUCACUCUCCCUGGGAUGAGGUCCAAAUAGUCAUCACUCUGUGGGUGAAUAUGUUUCCCUUGAAUUUC